AUGGCCCCCACCGUGGCAGAGCUCGAUUCGGUCGUGCGCGCCUUCUAUGAAGGCCGCGGCGAGCAGCAAAAAGCUGCCGAGAGCGCCCUGAACCAAUUCAAAGAGGAUCCUGACGCCUGGCUCAUCGUCGACAAAAUCCUUUCUGAGGCCACGUACCCACAAACAAAGUUUCUGGCGCUGCAGGUGCUCGACCAUGUCAUCAUGACGAGAUGGAAGGUCCUGCCGCGGGAACAGUGUCAAGGCAUCCGCAACUUUGUCGUGCAGUUCAUUAUCCAGAGCUCCGACUCGGAAGAGGCCCUGCGCGAACACAAGACGCUGUUGAACAAGCUCAACCUUGUCCUGAUCUCGAUCCUGAAGCAGGAGUGGCCGCACAACUGGCCCACGUUUAUCAACGAGAUCAUUACCGCCUGCCGCUCGAGCUUGUCGAUUUGCGAGAACAACAUGAUCAUCUUGCGCCUCCUCUCCGAGGAGGUCUUUGACUAUUCCGCCGAGCAGAUGACGUCUACAAAGACCCGCAACCUCAAGACCACCAUGUGUGCCGAGUUCUCGCAGAUCUUCCAGCUCUGCACCGAGAUUCUCAACACGGCCACCCAGACCAGUCUGGUGAAGGCGACCCUCGAGACCCUGCUGCGCUUCUGCAACUGGAUCCCUCUCGGUUACAUUUUCGAGACGCCCCUCAUCGACACCCUCCGCACACGUUUCCUUGAGGUGCCCGAGUUCCGCAACAUCACGCUGCAGUGCCUGACCGAGAUCGGCGGUCUGCAGACGUCGGGUCCGGGCCAAGUAGGCAACUACGACGAACAGCUCAUCAAGAUGUUCACUGAGGUCCUCACGACCAUUGCCACCAUCAUUCCCUUGUCCAUGGACCUGAAGACGACCUACCCGCAAAGCAAUUCUCGGGAUCAGGAAUUCGUGCAGAACCUGGCACUCUUUUUGUGCAAUUUCUUCACCAUGCAUCUCAACCUCAUCGAGAAUCUACCAAACCGCGACUUCCUCACCCACGCCCAUUUCUACCUCAUUCGCAUUUCCCAGAUUGACGACCGUGAGAUCUUCAAGAUCACCCUCGACUACUGGCUGAAGCUUGUCCAGGAGCUGUACGAGGAGAUGCAGUCUCUUCCCAUGUCCGAGGCGAACCCUCUUCUCGCCAUGGGCACCCUUACCUCGAACGGCGCACCCAACCCGGCCCUCCUGAACAACUACCCUCUGCGGAAGCACAAGUACAAGGAGAUCCUGUCAAACCUCCGCAUCGUUAUGAUCGAGAAGAUGGUGCGUCCUGAGGAGGUGCUGAUUGUCGAGAACGACGAGGGCGAGAUUGUUCGUGAGUUUGUCAAGGAAAGCGACACCGUGCAGCUGUACAAGACCAUCCGCGAGUGUCUUGUCUACCUCACACAUCUCGACGUUGUCGACACAGAGCAAAUCAUGACGGAGAAACUCGCGCGCCAGGUCGACGGCUCGGAGUGGUCAUGGCAUAACUGCAAUGUACUCUGCUGGGCCAUUGGUUCCAUCUCGCUGGCCAUGAACGAAGAGACGGAGAAGCGGUUCCUGGUUACCGUCAUCAAGGACCUCCUGGGCCUUACGGAAAUGAAGCGCGGCAAGGACAACAAGGCUGUCGUCGCGAGCAACAUUAUGUACAUUGUCGGCCAGUAUCCUCGCUUCCUGAAAGCCCACUGGAAGUUCCUGAAGACGGUCGUCAACAAGCUGUUCGAAUUCAUGCACGAAUCGCAUGAGGGCGUGCAGGACAUGGCCUGUGACACAUUCAUCAAGAUUGCCAAACAGUGCCGCCGCCACUUUGUCGCCCUUCAGCCUAGCGAGCAGGAGCCGUUCAUCGAUGAGAUUGUUCGGAACCUCCAGAAAAUCACCUGCGAUCUGACGCCGCAGCAGGUGCACACAUUCUACGAGGCCUGUGGUUAUAUGGUUUCUGCACAGGGCAACCGUAGCCAGCAGGAGCGUCUGCUUUCCGACCUCAUGGCGCUACCCAACAGCGCAUGGGACCAGAUCAUUAAGUCAGCCACAGCAGACCCUUCCAUCCUCCAAGACUCCGACACGAUCAAGAUUAUUGGCAACAUCAUGAAGACCAACGUUGCCGCGUGCACAUCGAUCGGUCCUUACUUUUACCCCCAGAUCGGCCGCAUCUACCUUGACCUCCUCCAGAUGUACCGCGCCACCAGCCAACUUAUCUCGGAGGCUGUAGCUCGUGACGGAGAAAUUGCACCCAAGACGCCCAAGGUCCGCGGUCUGCGGACAAUCAAGAAGGAGAUUUUGAAGCUCAUCGAGGUGUUUGUCGAUAAGGCCGAGGAGCUCCAGGCAGUGCGCACGCAGAUGGUCCCGCAGCUGCUCGACUCGGUUUUGGUCGAUUACAACCGGAACGUCCCCAACGCCCGCGAUGCAGAGGUGCUGAAGGCAAUGGCAGCCAUCAUCUCAAAGCUGGGCAGCCUGAUGGAAGACCAGGUGCCCAUCAUCAUGGAGAACGUGUUCGAGUGCACGCUGGAGAUGAUCAACAAGGAUUUCUCCGAGUUCCCCGAGCACCGUGUGGAGUUUUUCAAUCUGCUGCGGGCUAUCAACCUGCACUGCUUCCCAGCGCUCCUGAAGCUCGACAACCGCCAGUUCAAGUUUGUCAUCGAUGCUUGCCUGUGGGCUAGCAAGCACGACAACCGCGACGUCGAGGCCGCCGGUCUGGGUAUGUGCCUGGAGCUGAUCAACAACGUCGCCGAGAAGACGGACACAUCGACUGCCAACGCGUUUUUCAACCAGUUCUUCAUUCUCAUCCUGCAGGACGUAUUCUACGUUCUCACCGACACAGACCACAAGGCCGGCUUCAAGACCCAGUCAUCGCUCCUGGUGCGAAUGUUCUACCUCGUCGAUCCCGCCGAUGGCUCGGCUCCCAAGAUCCAGGGCCCUAUCUACCAGCCAGACCAGGCGCAGGCCAACACGCCCAACCGCGAGUUCCUGACCAACUACGUCGCCAACCUUCUGCGCAACGCCUUCAGCAACCUACAACCUGGCCAAAUUCAAGCCUUUGUGGAGAGCCUCUUCACGCUAAACACGCAGUACGACAAGUUCCGCUUAAGCUUGCGCGACUUCCUCAUCUCGCUGCGGGAAUUCUCAGGCGACAACGCCGAGCUGUAUCUGGCCGAGAAGGAGCAGGCCGAGAGCGAUGCCAAGCAGGCCGACAUUGAGCGGCGGUCCAAGGUGUCUGGUCUGCUCAAGCCCUCUGAGCUUGACCAGGACGACGAACUGUGA